AUGAAUAAUUCCAAAAGUCCUGUUGCUACUAAAGAAGAAAAAUCAUCAAAUGGACAUCAUUUUUCCGAAUCAAAUCAAUCUGCAUUUCGUCGUAUAUCAUCAAUUAAAUCAGAACCAAUUGAUAAGAUCAAUGAAAAAUCAACUAAAAAUGGAACAUCAAUAUCUUCGGAUGAACAUCAUUCAAAUAAAAAUUCAAUAACAAAUCCAUUUCUAUCCCCAUUAAUAUCAUCAUCAUCUGAUUUUCAUUCUCAUCUUGCUCUAUUACGUCCAUUUCUUUCUCAAACUUUACCAUUUGUUCCACCACUUCCACCUCCUACAUUUUGGCAUACAUUUCCAUUUCUUCAUCCCUAUCUAUCCAAUAUUCGUCCAUCUGGUGGACUUCUUCCACCAUCAUCAAUUCCUCAAUUAUCAUCAUCAUCAAUUCAACCAAAGGCAUCAACAUCAACAAAUGCAAAUAAUAAAAAAUCUUCAUCAGCUACACAUUAUCAUCAAUAUACAAUUACAAAUAAUAAUGUUCUUGUUCCAUCAUCAGCUACAUUAAUAGAUUUUAUUCGACGACCAACAACAUCAAAUGGCAAUACAACAAAUUCACAUUCAACAACAAUUAAUAAUACAAAAUCAAAAAAUUUAAAAAAAUAUAAAUGUGACAUUUGUUCACGAGCAUUUUCAAGAAGUAAUACAUUAGUUACACAUAAGCGUAUUCAUACAGGUGAAAAACCAUUUGUAUGCGAUAUAUGUGAUCGAGCUUUUCGUCAACCAGGAAAUUUAACAAGACAUAAAUUAACUCAUACAGCUGCUAAACCAUAUGCAUGUGGAAUAUGUUCAAAAGCUUUUAAUCGUGCAUCAAAUUUACAUGCACAUCAACGUACUCAUUCAUCAAUGAUACCUAUUAUGUCAAAAACAAUGCCAACAGCAACUAAUAAUAAUAAUGGUCAUGGUCCUUAUGCAUGUAAUCAUUGUCAUGAAAUAUUUCAACAUAAAUUUGAACUUAAUUUACAUAAUGCUACUUUACAUAAUUCAGAUGUGAAAUUAUUCUCCAAUAAUAAUGAAGAAGGUGAAAUUGAGGAUGAUGAUGACGAUGAUGAAGAUGGUAUUGAAGAUGAACAAUCAUAUGAAAAAGAUGAAGAUAUGUCUGAUGAUAGUGAACAAAAUAUUGAUUUACUUGAAAAUUAA